GCCACUUCCUGGAGGACUCAUGAUCGUGCACAGUGCUCACCGGCCCCCGUCAGAGGACAGUGACAUGAGCGGCAGCGGGGACACUGCUUCACAGGUGAGGGGAUAGGCUUCACGCGACCUGCCGGGUAUGGGGACAGAGAGUGAGAGCAUGCUGCAGCUCGCAGCUGAGGCUUUCCAGUCCAAAAACUUCGAACUGGCCGCGGACAUCUACGAGGUCCAGCUAGCGGUAGUCGGAGAUCCAGGGAGCCGACAGGAGCUGAUGGUGAAGCGGGGUGACGCGCUCGCGUUCGGGGGCAAAUUCACCGAAGCCCUCGAUGUGUACCGGCAAGCCUCAGAGACAGAGCGACUGAAACCGGCUCAGCUGGCCAACCUCGUAGAGUACCUGUCGGGUAGCAUCCGGAGGCAGGACGCGGGUGGCAGCCAGCGCAGCGGCAGAGGAAUGGAGGAGGAGGCGGCGGCAGCACCGGCAGCACCACCGGGGCAUGCAGCUGCUGCCACCGCCACAGGUUGCGGGCAUGCGGACUUCUCCUGCCGGAUAUGUCUGAGCUUUCUGUUCGAACCUGUGACUCUGCCGUGCGGACACAGCUUCUGCAAGAAGUGUCUGGAGAAGGAGCGGCCGGUCAAGUGUAAGGAGUGCAGGGACAACUCCCCGGCGGACGUACAGAGUUACCGGGUGAACGUGGUGCUCAGCAGCCUGCUGGCCAAGUGGCUCCCGAGCCUGCAGCAGGCCGGCCGGCUGAGGCGGGAGGGUAACGGGCUGUACGCCGAGAAGAGGAUGGAAGCGGCGCUGGAGAAAUACAACCAAGCCAUACUGAUAGCACCCAUGGACCACAUACUGUUCAGUAAUCGCUCCCAGAUCCACUCUAGCCUGAAACACCAUGAAAAGGCUCUGAGAGACGCUGAGAUGGCCUGCAGACUCAAACCUUGCUGGUCCAAGGGUCACGCACGUAAGGCCCAGGCCCUGGUGUCGCUGGGUCGGGUGGGGGAAGCUCUGAGAGAGUACCUGGAGUGUUUGUCCAUAGAGCCUGACUGUAGACUGGCAAAGACUGAGGCUCACAAGCUCCUCAGUCAUCUCCUGGCUCCAGUCACAGACCAGGUCCCUGAACACAUCUCCGACUACUCCAGCAUAUGGUCUUCCAGGGCACACAUCAAAAGCAGCUUCAGUGCUCCCUUCCAGUCUCUUAGUCCCAGCUUGUUGUCUUCAGAGUCCAGACUCACCUUCACUCCUCCAGCACAUGAGAUGUCACUGGGCAGAGAGGCCACAGGCCCGGGAAGGCCUGAGGUCAGGAGGCCCUCUAACAGUUUCCUCCUCAAACGAAAGCGCAGGAGCUCAGAGGAGAAGGAGGAGGUGGAGGAGCGAGGACAGGAGAGGAACAACAAGCACAAGAGAUGCAGAUCUGAGGCAGUGGUGGUGAGCGGCCCACUGAGCUGUGAGGUCGGUGAUGUCUUGGACCCAUCAGAUGUGGAGUGUUCCCUUUGUAUGAGACUGUUCUAUGAGCCUGUGACGACGCCAUGCGGUCACACCUUCUGUCUUCAGUGUCUGAAGCGAUGUCUGGACCACAACCCAAAGUGUCCGCUCUGUAAAGAAGAGCUGUCCGAGUACCUGGUCCAGAGGCAGUACUGUAAAACAGUACUAAUGGAGGACCUAAUAUCGAAGUAUCUUCCCUCUGAGCUCAUGGAAAGACAGAAGAUCCACCAGGAAGAGAUGGCUGAGCUCUCCAAUCUUAACAAGAAUGUGCCUAUAUUUGUGUGCACCAUGGCCUUCCCCACUGUGCCGUGCCCUCUCCAUAUCUUCGAGCCUUGCUACAGACUGAUGGUUCGCCGAUGCAUAGAGACAGGAACCAACUGCUUUGGCAUGUGUCUGGCAGACAACCUCAAAGGGUUUGCAGACUACGGCUGCCUGUUGGAGAUCCGCGACGUGAAGUUCUUCUCUGACGGUCGCUCAGUGGUGGACACCAUCGGUAGACGGAGAUUCAAAGUCAGUCAGCACAGCGAGAGGGACGGAUACAAUACAGCUGAUAUAGAGUACCUGGAGGACGUUAAGGUGGAGGGUGUAGCAGAACGAGAGCUGCAGUCUCUGCAUGAUACAGUGUACGACCAGGCCCUGGUGUGGGUCAACUCCCUGAAGGCAGAGCAGAAGGAACGCAUUGAGGGACACUUUGGACCCAUGCCGGAGAAAGACUCUGAACUUCAGGUCUGUCCCAAUGGGCCGUCGUGGUGCUGGUGGUUACUCGCUGUUCUUCCGUUAGAGGGCAGAGCCCAGCUGCCCUUUCUGGCCCUCACCUCUCUGAAAGAUCGUCUUAGCGGUAUCCGCAAGGUGCUGCUCUUCAUGGCCCAGAGCAGGCACCGGUGACAUGCUUCCUGAAAACAUUCGCCCACCUUAUUAAAUGCAGUUAUCUUCGCUGCAACCCCCCCGACCCAAAAAUAGCAGCAGUUGACCUGUUGUUCUUCCUUUUGAUGCACAAAAAACUGACAAUAGAUAUUGUUGCACCUUUUCUGUUGUAACGCCAUUUGUUUCAGAAAGCCACUCUGGAUUUCAUCUACACCUCAGGAGCAAAGAUGAAAUACAUCUGAUGGAACUGACUUCUUCCAAAUAUUAUUAGUUUAAUAUUAUUAUUAGUUCUCAACACACCACAGAGUAAACUAAGGUGCAGACUUGAGCUACAGUCAGACAGGAGGGGAAUUACGUGUGAGAAUCAUCACCUUCCAUUGUAACAUUUGAUGUCAUUCGAUGUCAAUGCUAAUGCACACAAGCUAAGUGUUUGUUUCUGUCUGACAUCUCUCCGUUCAGCUACGAGCUGCUGUGCUGAAAUGUCUUCAUCUGUCCGUGCUCCAGUGUUGCCUUUCUGGCCCUCCUCCAUUUUUUUUGUAGUUCCAUGCUCUUCCUGUUGCAUACACAUUGUGUGUGGAAUGACACGACAAAAAAGGACAAAAAAAAAUUCUGUCAAUUCUGUAAAAAAAAAGCUGAGCUGCCUGUCUUAUCGUAGCUUUAAAGCAAAGAUGAAGCAAAGUUCAGAAUCACAUCUACUGCAAAGCAUUCUAUAAGAGACCAAACUAUGAAUUUGCCUUUUUGUGUCAAUGCACUCACCACUGUUGAGUGACAAAUUAUAUUAUAAGUGAUUAGAUAAGAUUUAUGUCUUUGAUUUAAAACUAUUUGCUGGUUGAAAUCUAUGUAAACUGGGUGCAGACAUUUAUAGCUAAUCCUUUAACUUGAACAACUAUUUGUUUUAAACAGUCGGUCUGUUUGCUUCCCUUCCUUUCCUCCUUCCAUUUCGUUAUCUGACCCAUUCAGCUGAAUAGCAGUGGACUGAAUCUUUACAUCAAAAUGCUUCAAGGCUCUUGUUGUUGUGUUUUAUUCAUCCAUUUUUUUUUUAUUUGUUGGAUUUUUUCCAUUAUUUAUUUUUAUCAUUAUUUAUGCAUGCAGUGACAUUGUUUACAUUUCACAGAGAAAGAUGCUGAGCUGCUCACUCAUUAUUUUUUUACUCAUCAUUUGACCUUUGAAACAUCAGCAAUAUUGACCUGCUAACAGAAACACCCUUCACACAAACCAGAGAGGGUAACAACAUGGCUGACACUGACAACUGCACAGGGCACUGUUGAGGGCGUCUCCCCUCAGUGAUCCCUGGUGACCUAAAUUUAUGGAGUUUUUUUUAAUGGCCUGUCAUAAUCGGAGCUAUGUUGACUUAAACAUAUUUGGAUUCCUCCGCUGUCUGCAGCCAGAGAUAUUUGUGAAGCCCACAAUGCAGCAAGAAGUCCUAACCAAGGCCUGGAUUCCUGACACCUUAAUAUCCCUCAAGAGUAUUUAUUCAGUAUUUAUUCAGACUUAUUUUGCACCACUUUAAUAAGGGAAUAGAGACAGUGCAGACAGGCUUCGGUGUAUUAAUACCCCCAUGGCAGAAGUCAAUACUUUUCUUUUGCAUCUCCUCACAGGACAGCAUGACUGGUAAAAAUCUGCAUUCAUUAGAGUGUGACUGAUGCCACACUAUUAGUAAAGGCUAGUGCCUUCUCUUCACAGAAAAAUGUAGUGUGGACAUUUUAAACACACAGUAUACAUACCAGGUUCAUUUUACCUGACAGACUGAAACUUUCAGAACAUGAUUUUCACAGGAAGGAAAGAAUGAACUGAAAACAAAAGCAACAUGUUUUGUGAAGAAAAAUGUGUUUAAAAUAUUGAGGCCUUGCUGAUGUCUGUGACAUAACUGUUUUUACACAGCAAAUGCUCAUCUCUGGAAAAUGCAGAAGAAAGUUGAGCUUUGUUUUAUACAUGUGUUUGAUUUUACAUGUUUCUAUGUCAAUCAGGUUCUUUGUAUUUUAUAAUUUCCCUCAUUUACCGGUGUAUUUGUCUCACCUUAUUUUAUGUGAUUGUAAACGGAGCGUCAUGUCGAAUAAUCCACAUUUAUGAUUUUCUUUUGAAAGGGCCAAAGCCAUGUAAUGAGGAAAAAAGAAAAAUGAAACAUACUACAAUCUUUAUAUAUUUACCAAGAAUUUGCUGAUGGAAUUAAUGCAUUAUAUGAUUUUUUUUUCAAAGUGGCUAUGUGGCACAGAAUCAAACAGCAAUACUUUAUAAUGUAAGCUACUCCUAUAUAUUGUUGUGUAGUUAACAGAGUGGUAAAUGCUGUUGUUUGAAGAGGCAUUUGUUCAGAGAAACCCACUAUGUAUGAUAAAAUGUUCGAUGAUGGCGUCAAUAGCGCUGCUACUAUCAUGAUCGAUAACCAUUAAGAAAUUAUAAAUUAGCUCAGACUGGGCAGGAAAGGGAAAAAUAAUCACACCUCAAGUAUAACAGCAUAUCAAAUAAAUAAUUCCCAUUCAGAGAUAGAGGAGGCAAUGGUAACUAUUACAUUUUUACAUUUAUGGCAUGGAAAUAAUUUAGUCAGUUAAAUCAAAAGAUUCACACAAUCAAAAUGAGUUAGAACAGCUAUUUUUUAACAAUCAUGCUUUAAUUACACUUACACUUCUGCGUACUGGCUGCUGCUUAGCUUCAUCCGCUGCAACCUCGGCAGACUCCUAUUAGCAGUAACUCUAUAUUUAUAUAGCUGCUAUAUUUAUAAUUUUUAUUUUACUCUUUUUGUCACUGCUGAGAUUCCAUAUUCUCGGAUAAAAGAUGAUUAACACAGGUUAUAAGACGAAACCAAGUUGGAAUAUUAAUACAUUGGCAUUUGUCUUGGUGUCACCUACUGAAUCCUCAAAGGUCAGGAUGGGUCUAUAAACUGCUUUUACAGCUUGAUGGUAACAUUCAAUAUUGUGUAGCAUUCAAAAAUUCAUGAGAACUGUGAUUAAGAAAAAAGCCACUGACACACAGAUCUCCUCCAUCCCCGUAUCUUUCAUAUACCUACAGUUUGUGUCACUGACCAUAACAUUGCAGUUGUAGAAGAAGUUGGAUCUUUUUUAAUUUUUGGUCGCCCAGCUAUGCAACAACAAUCAACACCUUGACCUUUCAGAAUUCAACCGGUGACUUUUGAACAGUUAUAACUCCAUUCGGUACCCUCUGUGAGCACUUCCACAUAGAGAGACACAAUUAUUAUGCUUCCAUAUGUUAUUAUUUUCUUGAUAUUGUUGUUCAAUCUGUGUUUGAGUCUAGAAAAUAUAUCAUGUGUCCCAUCAGUGCUCCAAAAUGUACUUUUUGUUUAAAUUUGUGCCUGUGUUAAAACGCACCAUCAUCGACACCUCACAUUUAUGAGAGAUUAUGUCACUUCUCAGUUCAGUGAAGAGAUUUCUUUGUGAUGAGUUUGAUGUUGAUCCCAAAUAUUUGAUGCAUUUGAAGGAGCGCUUCAUUUAUCUUCCAUGUCAAUUUGAACAGUGUCUCAUAAACAAAGUUAAAGUCAAACAGAAGCCAAUCCCUGGCUGAACCCCGACUUCACAUUCUUGCUUUGCUAUUUGGCCUCGAAACCUUCACAUCUUUAAAAACAAAGCUUCACCAAGCGCUUCUCAUGUAUUCAAAUAUUUGCACUGACUUCAGUUACUAAAUGGCCUGAUUCUUAACUCUCGUAGAACUCCAUGGCCUCUAAAUGUGUCUGGGUGAAUUUGCACAAGAUGAAUGUAUGUAUGUGUUGACAUGAUGUUUUCUGUACAUGUCUGCUUUUGAUAGUAAAACUUUAGUUUUCAUUAACUUUGCAAAAGUACAGUCUGAAGCUACGGCUUGUGAAUAAACCAAAAGGAUUGUGUUCAUGAUCCUUUAUUGGAUUUUCGAAUGCACCUGACUGGACGA